GUAGUGUUUGCCGCCGCCAUGAGUUACACAGGCUUUGUCCAGGGAUCUGAAACGACUUUGCAGUCAACAUAUUCAGACACCAGCGCUCAGCCCACCUGUGAUUACGGAUAUGGAACUUGGAACUCUGGGGCAAACAGAGGCUACGAGAACUAUGGCUAUGGCUACGGCUAUGGCCAGGAGAACACCAGCAACUAUGGGUACGGUAUGGCCACUUCAAACUCGUGGGAAAUGCCUAGUUCUGACGCAAAUGCAAACCCUAGUGCCGUGGGUAGCACCAGUGCCGAUUCCGUUUUAUCCAAAAUUAACCAGCGCUUAGACAUGGUGUCGCAUAUGGAGACAGACAUGAUGCAAGGAAGCAUGUACGGCUCGGGAGGAGAAAGGUACGACUCCUACGAGGCCUGCGACUCAAGGGCCAUGCUGAGUGAACGCGACCUGUACCGGUCAGGCUAUGACUAUGGCGAGCUUGACCCUGAGAUGGAGAUGGCCUAUGAGGGCCAGUACGAUGCCUACCGUGACCAGUUCCGCGUGCGUGGCAGUGACACCUUUGGCCCGCGGGCACAAGGCUGGGCCCGUGAGGCUCGAAGUGGCCGCCCAGUGGCCUCAGGCUAUGGGCGCAUGUGGGAAGAGCCCAUGGGGGCCCGGGGCCAGUGCAUGCCAGGAGCCCCUCGGCUGCCCUCCCUCUUCUCACAGAACAUCCUCCCCGAGUAUGGCGUGUUCCAGGGCGCACGUGGUGGGGGUGCCUUCCCAGGUGGCUCCUUCCCGGGUGGCUCCCGCUUUGGCUUCGGCUUUGGCAAUGGUGUGAAGCAGAUGCGACGCACGUGGAAGACCUGGACCCCGGCUGACUUCCGGACCAAAAAGAAGAAGAGGAAGCAGCUAGGCAGUCCUGAUGAGCCUGACAGCAAGGCCUCCAGAACGGAUGGCUCUGACAAUAGUGACUCUGAAAACGAUGAGGGCACUGAGGGUGAGACCACUGAGGCUGCUGAUGGCUCCGAGGCAGUAGAGAAGGGUUCCCGAGUGGAAGGAGAGGAUGAGGAGGGAAAAGAGGAUGGGAAGGAGGACAGCAAAGAGGAUUCAGGUGAGUCUGGGGCCCUGACCACCCAGGAUGAGAGCAGCCAGGCCAAGCGCAAGCUGCAGGCAGGCAAGAAGAGCCAGGACAAGCAGAAGAAGCGGCAGCGUGACCGUAUGGUAGAAAGGAUCCAGUUUGUGUGUUCUCUCUGUAAAUACCGGACCUUCUAUGAGGAUGAGAUGGCCAGCCACCUGGAUAGCAAGUUCCACAAGGAGCACUUCAAGUUCGUGGGCACCAAGCUCCCGAAGCAGACAGCUGACUUCCUGCAGGAGUACGUCUCCAACAAGACCAAGAAGACAGAGGAGCUCCGGAAAACUGUUGAGGACCUUGAUGGUUUGAUCCAGCAGAUCUAUAGAGACCAGGAUCUGACCCAAGAAAUUGCCAUGGAGCAUUUUGUGAGGAAGGUAGAGGCGGCUCACUGUGCAGCCUGUGACCUCUUCAUUCCCAUGCAAUUUGGGGUCAUCCAAAAGCACCUCAAGACCAUGGAUCACAACCGGAACCGCAGGCUCAUGAUGGAGCAGUCCAAGAAGUCUUCGCUCAUGGUAGCCCGCAGCAUCCUCAACAACAAGCUCAUCAGCAAGAAGCUGGAGCGCUACCUGAAGGGCGAGAACCCCUUCACUGACAGCCCUGAGGAGGACAAGGAGCCGGAGGAAGGAGAUGCCGGCGUCCCAGAUGAGGGGGCAUCAGGAGAGGCCGCAGCCGCUAUCGAAGGGCCCCCCCAGCCGCCAGUGCCUCCGGAGCCAGAGGCUACCGCGCCACCACCACCGCCGCCGCCCCCGGAGGAGGAAGAAGAGGCCGUGCCACUGCUGGGUGGGGCGCUAGAGCGCCAGAUCCGCGGGAUCCCGGGCCUUGACGUGGAAGCCGAUGACGACGAGGAGGGUGGUGGGAGCGCCCCGUGA